GAAUUUCCCUAUUUGGGCACUAAUAAAAUUGAAUGUUAUAGAAAUAGAACUCAAUUGCUUCAUUUUUGUCGUGUGUUUAUGCCAAACGUUCUUCUUCUAAAAUUAAACUGCUGUGUUUCCGAAUUUAAUUUACAGAAUUUUUUAAAUAAAUUAUUAGAAUUAAAAUUUCGACUUUUCUAAAUUUCUGUUUUGAUUGGUUCUAAUUUGUGAUAAGCCAGUUUUAGAACAUGGAUUCAAACCAAGAGAAAGAGGAUGAAGCUAAUUCAAAUAAAGAACAAAGUACUGGUGAAAGAAGUUCAUCUGUCCCCAAAGAUAUCCAGUGCACAAGCAAUACUAGACAAAGAACAACUUCAGAUUCAGAAUUUCCGUCAAUUGUCCCUGCAUCUCCACCAGCUUUUGUUUCGCUUGAACAAAUAUUAAAGGCAGCAGAAGAUGUCUCAAACUCGGGAAUCAAUAUGGCUCUUGCCCAUGAAAUAGCUGUAAAUAAGGAUUUUAAAUUGCAGCAAAAUGCUCCUAAAUCGGGUUUGGAGCAAAGAGUAAGUGAAAUCUGUCACAGAGCGUUUUGGGACGUUUUGAAUAAUGGAAUUGCUAGCGAUCCUCCAGAUUAUCAUCAUGCUAUGAUAUUAUUAAAAGAAGUUAAGGAGAUUCUUUUGUGGCUAUUAUUACCUCAUAACAGUCGCUUGAAAAACGAAAUAAAUGAAGUGUUAGAUAUUGAUCUGAUAGAGCAACAAGCUAAAAAUGGCGCCAUAGAUGUAUUAAGUUAUGCACAAUUUAUAAUUUCCACUAUGUCUCGUAUAUGUUGCCCAGCAAGAGAUUCUAAAAUACAAGAACUUCGGCAGCUUACAGAAAUAGUUCCACUUUAUAAAGGUAUCUUAGAAACAUUGGAUGUCAUGAAAUUGGAUAUGGUGAAUUUCACUAUUUCUCACAUACGGCCUCAUAUCCAACAACAAUCAGUUGAGUACGAAAAAAGUAAAUUUCAAGAAAUUAUACGUUCCUUGGAAAGUUUGACACCACCUGUUGAUGGGUUGAAAUUCACUAGAUUGUGGCUUCAAAAGGCUUAUACAGAGACUGUUGCUGAAUCUGGUGAUGCAAAACCUACUAUUUCUACAUUAAUCAGCAAAGCAUACAUUAAAAUUUUAAUAUGGAAAGAAACUGAGAAUUUUCCCGAGACUUUACAUCUGGACCACGAGCGUUUUAUCACUCUACGGCAUAAUUUUACUGUGAUGAUAUUAAUUGCUACUGUGAUAUUGGUGACAUAUUCUAUAGUUGGUCCAGCUAUUCAAGGCAUCACUGACUUUAAAGAAACUUUAAAAAAGCAUUUGCAGAUUAUAUUGGCUGAUGCACCACAAUGCAGUUCAAGCGAUUUGGAGUCAAAAAUGGAAGCAGCUGGUUUGCAAGUUUCUAAGGAAGUGAAUGAAUGUUUACAAUCUCAUGGAUAUCCAAUUUUAAACAAGGAAAAGGAAUCACUUCUGAUUUCAUCAAUUAAAAAUAUUUCGAAUGAAGAUCAACAUGUGCGACAACUUCUCACAAAACGAUUAUUAGAGUUCAUAGAGCUUUCGCUGCACACUAAAUCUGCUGUGAGAAUACCACCUGGUCUUUCAUCAUUACAACAUGAACUUUCUGCAUUCACUGGACAAUUUUUCUCACUUGUGAAACACAAUCAGCUGGUGUUUGGUGAUUACUACAAUAAUAUAUUGGAAAAACUUUUGGCAAAUGAAUGAAAUUCAUUGCCAAAACCGUUGUUAUUGUUUUGUUUGUAGAAUAUUUUUAUUAUGGUAUAUUUAGACUUCAAAAUGAAUGGAUAAUAAUAUUUAUUUUAUUUUUUACUUUAAUGCAUUUUCUUUUUUUUAAAAAAACAAUAAAAAAAAAGAUUUGAAAAUAAUGUUUAUAAUUAUAUUUUAUCACUAAUUUGUGAUAUUAUUUACAUACUUACACUCAACAAUAAAUAUUUACUUAACUUA